GUUUUCAUUGACAGGUUUCGAUAUAACGCCAACAGAGCAGCUCAGGUCCAGAGUAAACUGAAGCUGCUGGAGAGACUACCGGAGCUGAAACCCAUGGAAAAAGAAACUGAAGUCACUUUAAGGUUUCCAGAUAACUUUGAGAAGUUGUCUCCGCCCAUCCUGCAGCUGGACGAGGUGGAGUUCUUCUACACUCCCGAUCAGCGACUCUUCUCUGGACUCAACCUGUCGGCCGACCUCGAGUCUCGAAUCUGCAUCGUCGGAGAAAAUGGCGCCGGCAAAACCACCGUCCUCAAACUGCUGAUGGGCGAGUUGACGCCAGUCGGUGGAGUGAGACAAGCUCACAGGAGCCUGAAGAUCGGUUACUUCAGCCAACAUCACGUGGAUCAGCUGGACCUGAACGUCUGCUCUGUGGAGCUGCUGCUCAACAAGUUCCCCGGCCGUACGGAGGAGGAGUACCGCCACCAGCUGGGAGGAUACGGUAUCACUGGAGAGCUGGCCACGAGGCCGGUGGCCAGUCUGUCAGGAGGACAGAAGAGCCGGGUCGCCUUCGCACAGAUGACCAUGCCAUGUCCAAACUUCUACGUCUUGGACGAACCGACCAACCACCUGGACAUGGAGACGAUCGAGGCUCUGGCUAAAGCUCUCAACAAGUUCAGAGGCGGAGUCAUCCUGGUGUCACAUGACGAGCGUCUGAUCCGGUUGGUGUGUAAGGAGCUGUGGGUGUGUGAACUCGGGAAAGUUCGGCGAAUUGAUGGCGGCUUCGACGAGUACAGAGACAUCCUGCACGAGCAGUUCAGGAAGGAGGGUUACCUGUGAGGCUCGGCCCACUGCGGAAGGACCGCCAGUAACAGAAACCCUGCCCCCUCCAUAACAACACAUGUCACAGCAGCCAAUCAGCAGCCAGGGCGGGCCGGAGGAUGUUUUCUUCUCUGAACUGUCUCAUUGCCUCAGGGGAUGCGAGCUGAUUGGUCUUUCGUCACCUGGUGAGGUCACAGCGGACUUGUUGUGUUUUGUAUGGACUCAGCAGAGGUUUGAAGUUUUAUCUGUUUUAAAGGACGUGACGUUAAACCAACGUUUACAUUCAGAGACAAACAAUAAAAACAUGAGUCACUUC